AUCCCUGGUGGCUGGUGGAGCACGGGAUGGGUGGGGACGAGAUCUGGGGCAGGGAAACCAGUCUGAAGCUUGCGUGUCUACUGAUUUCAUGAUGACAUGCAGAAACCUCUGUUCAGAUUCUGGAACCAGAGAGCAGUCUCAGGAGAGGGUUUCUUUUCCCUCUGAGCUCCUGGGCACAUUGAAAUCCCCUCAUUCGGUGAAUGGAAGUCAGCUCGGCUGCUGCUGCUUCCUGAGUACCAAGUUGUGAGUGUAGGAAUGAGGCCUUGCGAAAGAGCAUUCGCAUUUCUCCUUCCCAGACUGAAUUCCCACUGGAAAUCCAUUAUAUGAAUCCUAUUAUAAGCAGGUAGACCCGGCAUACACAGGGCGAGUUGGGGCGAGCGAAGCUGCGCUUUUUCUAAAGAAGUCCGGGCUCUCAGACAUUAUCCUUGGGAAGAUAUGGGACUUGGCCGACCCAGAAGGUAAAGGGUUCUUGGACAAACAGGGUUUCUAUGUUGCACUGAGACUAGUGGCCUGUGCACAGAGCGGCCACGAAGUUACCUUGAGCAAUCUGAAUUUGAACAUGCCGCCACCUAAAUUCCACGACACCAGCAGCCCUCUGAUGGUCACGCCGCCCUCCGCAGAGGCCCAUUGGGCUGUGAGGGUGGAAGAAAAGGCAAAAUUUGAUGGAAUUUUUGAAAGCCUCUUACCCAUCAGUGGUUUGCUCUCUGGAGACAAAGUCAAGCCAGUCCUCAUGAACUCAAAGCUGCCUCUUGACGUCCUGGGCCGGGUCUGGGACCUCAGUGACAUCGACAAGGAUGGGCACCUGGACAGAGAUGAGUUUGCUGUGGCGAUGCACUUGGUGUACCGAGCCCUCGAGAAGGAGCCUGUGCCCUCUGUCCUGCCCCCGUCCCUCAUCCCACCUUCCAAGAGGAAGAAGACGGUCUUCCCAGGCGCUGUGCCUGUCCUGCCCGCCAGCCCCCCGCCGAAAGACAGCCUCCGCUCCACACCUUCCCACGGCAGCGUCAGUAGCCUGAACAGCACGGGAAGCUUGUCUCCCAAGCAUAGCAUCAAGCAAACACAGCCCACGGUGAGCUGGGUGGUGCCGGUUGCAGAUAAGAUGCGAUUUGACGAGAUAUUCCUGAAGACCGACCUAGACCUGGAUGGCUAUGUGAGUGGCCAGGAGGUGAAGGAGAUCUUCAUGCACUCUGGCCUCACCCAGAACCUUCUAGCACACAUAUGGGCCCUGGCUGAUACGAGGCAAACGGGGAAGUUAAGUAAAGACCAGUUUGCAUUAGCUAUGUACUUCAUUCAGCAGAAGGUCAGUAAAGGCAUCGACCCCCCUCAAGUCCUGUCGCCGGACAUGGUCCCGCCCUCAGAGAGAGGCACUCCCAUCCCGGACGGUUCAAGUUCUCUUGGAUCAGGAGAAUUUACUGGUGUGAAGGAACUUGAUGAUAUCAGUCAAGAGAUCGCCCAGUUACAAAGAGAGAAGUACUCCCUGGAACAAGACAUUAGAGAAAAGGAAGAGGCAAUCAGACAGAAAAGCAACGAAGUACAGGAGUUACAAAAUGAUUUAGACCGGGAAACAAGCAGUUUGCAAGAGCUAGAAGCUCAGAAACAGGACGCCCAAGACCGCCUUGACGAAAUGGAUCAGCAGAAGGCCAAGCUCCGAGACAUGCUGAGCGAUGUGAGGCAGAAGUGCCAGGACGAGACUCAGAUGAUUUCCUCAUUGAAGACCCAAAUCCAGUCUCAAGAAUCUGACCUCAAGUCCCAGGAAGAUGACUUGAACCGGGCCAAGUCUGAGCUGAACCGAUUGCAGCAAGAAGAAACCCAGCUGGAGCAGAGCAUUCAGGCCGGGAAAGUUCAGCUGGAAACCAUCAUCAAGUCCCUGAAAUCGACACAAGACGAAAUCAACCAGGCAAGAAACAAGCUUUCCCAGCUGCACGAGAGCCACCAGGAAGCCCACAGGACCCUGGAGCAGUACGACGAGGCACUCGACGGGGCCCACGGCGCCAGCCUGACCAACUUAGCCGACCUGAGCGAGGGGGUCUCCCUGACAGAGAGGGGCGGUUUUGGAGCCAUGGAUGAUCCUUUCAAAAAUAAAGCCUUGUUAUUUAGCAACAAUGCCCAAGAGUUGCAUCCGGAUCCUUUCCAGGCCGAAGACCCCUUCAAAUCCGACCCAUUUAAAGGAGCUGAUCCCUUCAAAGGUGACCCAUUCCAGAAUGACCCCUUCGCAGAACAACAGACAGCUUCGGCAGAUCCAUUCGGAGGGGAUCCUUUCAAAGAAAGCGACCCAUUCCGUGGCUCUGCACCUGAUGACUUCUUUAAGAAACAGACAAAGAAUGACCCAUUUACCUCAGACCCAUUCACGAAAAACCCUUCCUUACCCUCAAAGCUCGACCCCUUUGAAUCCAGUGAUCCUUUUUCGUCCUCCAGUGUCUCCUCAAAAGGAUCAGAUCCCUUCGGAAGUGGGUCCUUCAAUAGUGCUGAGGGCUUUGCCGACUUCAGCCAGAUGUCCAAGCCCCCAACUUCUGGUCCUUUCACCUCCUCCUUUGGAGGGGCAGGAUUCUCAGAUGACCCCUUUAAAAGUAAACAGGACACUCCCGCUCUGCCUCCGAAGAAACCUGCUCCUCCACGGCCUAAACCGCCCAGUGGUAAAAGUACACCUGUAAGCCAGCUUGGUUCUGCAGACUUUCCCGAGCCCCCUGAUCCAUUCCAGCCACUCGGGGCUGACAGCAGUGACCCGUUCCAAAAUAAAAAGGGGUUUGGGGACCCGUUUAGUGGAAAAGAUCCAUUUGCUCCCUCCUCUUCAGCUAAACCUUCUAAAGCCUCUUCCUUGGGCUUUGCAGACUUCACCUCUGUAAGUUGAGCUCCCUGUGCGCCAACCCCCCACCCCCACCCCGCUUGCAGCUUCUCUGGGGUUCUUUUUUGUCUCUUUGAAACGGCAAACCUGGCUUCUACGUCCCGGUACCCCUACGCUGUCCCUUGUGUUAUUUAUUCUGUACUGCUGCUUUUCUGUAAGAAAAACAGUUUCUCAAUAAAAAAAAGAGAAAGAGCUGCAGUUUGGGUACUCUGUGACCAAGGCAUGCUUGCUCCCAGCAGGGCGGCCACACGUGCCCGUUUCUGUCCUUCCUGGUAGACUCUGUAUCGUGCCCGUGGCCUGGAGGCCAUGGCGCUCAUGGAUGUAUGGAAGCUGAGAUGUCAGACGCUUCCAAAGUAUGCACACGAGAUCGCAAAGGUCCCAUUAGAGAGUUCCGCUGUCUCCAGAAGGGUCUUUGUGCAGGAGUUGGGCCGGUCCCACCACAGGGCGUUUUGAUCAGCAAGUAAGGAUUGAAGGACCCAGACAGGGCAUGUGGAGGAAGAGCAGUGUGGUUUUCUAGAACUUAUUUCAGUCCCCAGCUACGACGGAAGGAAAUCGAGCCUAGAACAACUGCUCUGAAGGCCUUUGCCCUUUGCCAGACCCAAACGCAAACCCUCGCGGAGCCAUUUAGCAAAGUGACGUGUCUUUUCUGAAGCUAAUCCUGGGCUCUGGAAAGCCCAGCCCUUGUUUUCUCGGGGUACCGAAAAGAUUCCGGAUUGCAAAAUGCGGUCACGUGGGGGUGUUUCCAGUACCUUCCUCGGUACCAAGAACCUUGUUCUCAGAGAGCUUCAGAUGUUGUCUUCCCAGAAUCAGUUGCACCGUCUGUGGCACACUUUUUACGUUCGAAUUUGCAGAGUGCUUUGUUUCCGGGUUUGGUGGGAGACGCGUUGUCUGCUAGACGCUCCAGCUCCUAGAACAUCUGUCCUUAAAACCAGCCCUGCCCUCGCGGUGCCUGGCGAGCACCCGAUUCGCCCCAGAUCCGCCUCGUGCUUGCCUGUCUUGUGGCGUCACUGCGGUCGCGCAAGACGUGGGCGCGGUCCCGGCCCUCGGCGACCUGUAAAUGUUUUACGACUCCACUUAGCUCGAUUUUGCCGACAGCCGGUGCCCACUGUGGACGGAUCCCUGUGGCGACGGUAUUAAUAAAAGCCCGAAACAAAACGCACUCUAUCUACGGUUUCUUGAAUAGUACUGCGUUUGUGUUUGGGUGGAAAAAUAAAUAGAAAACGCUGAGGAGAAAAAGAGAGCUAUUCACGCAGGACGCAGGUACUCUUGUUUUGGGUAGGCAAGAGGGGUAAGUAGAUGUGAUUGGGAAUUUGGAGAAAUGGCUGUUCUUUCUGAAAUGCGUGAUUCUGUUUCU